AAUAACUACACAUUGACCUAAAGUAAAAUAUGUUACUUAUGUUGUUUAAUAUGUUGUUUAUUGUCACAUAUCAAGUAUAAUUAAUUACAAUUUCUUCAUCCGUACGUUUCAUCUAAACACGUGAAUUUGCUCAAGUAGGCCAUUUCGAAUAUUCAAUCUUCGACUCGAGCGUUUUAUUCGAUUCGCGCUCUAGAGACGAUUGACGUCGAACAGCGCCUAACGAGCGAAGUUAGCUCCUCUUCGAUUUAGCGUUAGUAAGCGAAGUUAGCGGCAGUGCGAGGCCGAGACGCGCGUAUAGGCUGACGAACGGAAACGUAGCGUUACAGAGCUAGCAGGUGACAGGUGGUUUGACGUUUUACCAGCCGCCAUCGUCGUUAGUGACUGCGGCCUGCCAUAUUGCGCGUGACACAUACGAGGGGAAAGGUUGCUGCGUCCGAAAGUCAGCAGCAGGCCGACACGACAGCCGCCGUUGAAGCGACUCGCGAUUCGAUGGCAGAGUGAAUCGUACCGUAGAACAAUCUCGCCGUGUAUCACAAAGCACGGCCAUUCCUCGAUUUCUAUCCAGCGGUUAGCAGCUCUUUCUUCACGCCGCGCCGAUUUAUAGGCAUUGUGCAAUAUGUCGACUGGUCCAUAUAAUUACUCCUAUAUCUUCAAAUAUAUUAUAAUAGGAGAUAUGGGUGUUGGCAAAUCCUGCCUACUUCAUCAAUUUACAGAAAAGAAGUUUAUGGCGGAUUGUCCACAUACCAUUGGCGUCGAAUUCGGAACUAGGAUCAUUGAAGUGGCAGGACAGAAAAUCAAAUUGCAAAUAUGGGAUACUGCUGGGCAAGAACGAUUUCGAGCAGUUACCAGAUCAUAUUAUCGAGGCGCAGCUGGAGCGUUAAUGGUGUAUGAUAUUACACGUCGUUCAACUUAUAAUCAUCUGAGUAGCUGGCUGACAGACACGAGGAAUUUGACAAAUCCAAGCACUGUUAUAUUCUUAAUCGGUAACAAGAGUGAUCUUGAAGGUCAACGUGAUGUUACUUACGAGGAAGCAAAACAAUUUGCUGACGAACAUGGCUUAAUGUUUGUUGAAGCUAGCGCAAAGACCGGGCAUAAUGUGGAGGAAGCUUUCUUGGAAACAGCAAAGAAAAUAUUCCAGAGUAUACAGGACGGCCGAUUGGACCUGAACGCAGCAGAAUCCGGCGUUCAGCAUAAUCCUAGUCAACCGGGCCGUACCAGUCUCCAAGGAGUGUCUAAUGAACAGCAGGGAGGAAAGGAUUCCUGCUCUUGUUAGGUCCUUAUUUGUUUGUAUAUAGAUAUAUUAAUUGAUUGGUACUAUUAAUGCAUAUAUGAUUUAUAUUAAGUGUAGCAAGCAGUUUGUCUCGUAACCGUAAUCCUCCCUUUGAUAAGUGAAGUCUAUUUGAGUGAAACGAAACACGUUUAAAAUGAUCUUAUUUUUUUUCUUAAUUAAUUAGCAUUAUUUUAGUAAUACAAUGUUAUAAAUACACGACACACAAAGUAGAGAUACAUACCGUCGUAAAGAUAAUUCCAAUAACGUGCUAUCGAUUUUUGACGCAGCAAACAUAAUAAAAUCGAUGAAACGGCUUUUUUAUGAUUACAACUUGCAUAAUAUUUUGUACACAUUAUGCAUUUUGUUAUGAAGCCAAGCAAGAAUGGAUAAUCCGUUUAGUGCCGUGCACGUGUAAUAGCAUGUGGAGCCGAUCGCGAAGUUUGUUCGAGAGGCUGGAAAUUUUUCCGCAGAAAUUACUUAACAGCGAAUAUGAAUGAUGAGAUUUAUAUUCAACUAAUUCGUAUUUUCAUGGGAGGAUCACGUAUUUGUUAGUUGUGUAAUACGCAAGUUUUUGCUUUCGAAAACUUAAUGAAAAUUUUAUCAGACAAGCAACGGAUAUAUUAAUUGCUUUAUUUGAACUUUUUUUUACCGAGAGCAGAAUGUACAUGCUCAUCCGAGCUGACUUUAGUUAUUUACAAGUCCGACUACAAACGGAGAGAAAAAAAGUAGGGAUCAAGUUUCUUUUUUUCCUCAUAUUUGAAAGAUAUAUCUAUUCUUGAUGAAAUCUAAACAUUUACACACAUACAUACACACACACACACAUAUAUAUAUAUACACACAUCAAAAUAUAUUGGAUUUGACACGUUUUAGUAAGACGUUAAGAUGGAAGUAUUCACCUAUUUUCUCAUUAAUUCAAAAUUUUAGUUUAUACAAGCCUAAACUAGCUUGAAUAAUUUGUACCCUGCUCGAGUAUUACGUGAAUGUAAUAAUGUAGCGACGAAUGUAUGUUGUCACGCGUUUCAACAUUUUUUCCUUAUCUGUUAUUUUGAUACCUUAUGUAAUUUAGCAUACUGUGCUUCUCUGCUUAAGAAUUAAACAGCGGAAUUUGCAAAUUCUCGUUUCCUGGGGUAUCGCCUGUUAUAUUGCGACCUCACGCGGGCAUUGAAUCCAAACGUCGACUUAUUAAUUGGCGCGCUUCUCGCGAAGUUACAUAGGCUCUAUCUUGUUACAAAUUCAUGUGUGGUACAAAGGCAACAUUUACAUGUACAAGACAUGUGAAGAAAAAAGAAGGUAGAAAUUUCAUAAGAUACAUGCAAUGAUUUAACGUCCUUGUUGGUGUUAUGUGACUUGUGAACGAUUUGUACGAGUAGCGUGAGAAGAACAUGCGAAGCACCGUCCCGGAAUAAGCUCGACCAAAGUUUUAACGAAUCUGUUCGGUCUAUAACGGGCGGUUGUUUUAGCAUAUUUUGUGUUAAUUAUAUAACUGUAUAUUCUCGGAGUAUUUUGAAAGAGAUGCAAUGUGAAAUAAAUUUAGGAUAAUGUUAUCUAUCUAUGCCGUUCUUGUCGGGUGUAAUCGCAGUAGCACUUGAUCUUUCCGCGUAACAGGAGUUCAUUUUCUCACGUAUCUUUGUUAUAUUUUUUGUAUCUUGUACAUACGAGUAUGAGAGAAUGCCAGGGAAUAAAUAUCUUCUACAUGGUGCUUCAACGAAA